AUGGGGCUCGUGAACCGCCUCUCCCGGCCAGGGGCAUACAUCGAGUUCGUCCUUCCCCCGGCCCUCCUAGCUUAUUUUCUCUGGGCAUGGCGGGUGUGCACAUCCCCAUUCCUCGCUGAGUAUAUCGCGGAUGGCCUCGACCUCGGCCCAUUGGUCGCGGUGACAUACCGAUAUGCCGCAACAGGCCUCAUCGCGAGCGUAUCUGCCGUCUUUCUGAGAUUGUAUUUCCUGCCCACGCGGUUUGCAUCGCCUCCAGUACCGCCACCGUGUAUCUCAAAUCUCGAGGUCAUCUUCGAGGUGCCGCGUCCUAAAGAUGGCAAGGCGGGCCUAAUCACCCAUGACGAGGCGGCGAGCGGCGGACCCCUGGUUGUGUUCUGCAAUUCCGAUACAUGUGGGGGCCGCUGGAAACCACCGCGCACCCGACACUGUUCCGAAUGUGGCCGCUGUCGACUGGGGUUCGAUCACCACUGCCUCUUCGUCGCGAACUGUAUUUCAGCACCCAUCCUGGGUCCAUUCACGGCCUUGCUCCUCCUCGCACCAGUAACAGUACUCCUCCUCGCUGCACCGGUACAUCGCGCCGUCAUAUAUGGCGCCCGCCAAGCCUGGGCUUCCGCGGGAAGUAACGCCCGCGUACAGGCGUAUUGGGGCUGGGGUUGGAGUUGGGUCGUCCCUGCCGGCCCCGUUGCACGAUACGCUAUUGGAUUUCUUUUGGCGUGGAGUGAUAUAGAGGCCGAGGAUAACGACAUGGGCAGGGUUGAGAUCGGGUUGUUGUGGGGGAUUGGAAAUGCUUUGGCUCUCAUCACCGCCGCCCUGGCUUUCUGGCAGGUCAAGCAGAUCUUCUCUGGAGAGCUUGGGAACGACGUCAUGCGGGCCCGCGCCUACGCAAAGGCUUCUGACGCUGUCAGGGUCGCCCGCGCCAAGGGAGAGCAAGAUACGAAAGCCCUCGCUGCCAUGGAGAGAUUCACCCCGGAGAAGUGGUUCUUCGUCCCGCUCGAGCACGACUUGUAUGCUGGAGCCGUGGUGCCUGUCCUCCCAACCGAGUCGCCGUACAAUCUCGGCCGGCACGAGAAUUUCGACCUCCUCGUCGGCCGGGGAAGAGGCUGGCGUUGGAUCCUCCCUUGGAACUGCGUGCGGUCUGGCAUGAGCACCGCUGAGGCGUCAGUCUGGCCGAUCAAUGGCGUUGUUAGAGCGCGUCUAGAGAUGGAGGCGGCGCGGCUGUUAGAUAAUCAGAGCGACAAUAGGACAUAG